AUGGCCUCCGCUUCCGAGCACUCCAAGCACAUGUUCGAGUGCUUGAGACAUGGGCAACUUGAAUCCGUGCGCCGAGCAGCAAAGACAUUCAACUUCCGGGAGGUCGGAGAUUACGGGACCCCUCUCAUGGCGCUCCUGGCGGAGAACAUCUGGCUACCUGAUGAGUUGGGCGAGGUGAACUUCCAGCAACGAGUCGCGGCUGCAGACUUCUGCAUGUCAAAGGGCGCGGACCCCCUGCAGCACGUUCCCGUGAACUGCAAGCACCUCCUUACGUUCGGCGAACGGAGUGUUCCCUUCGCCUGCAACUCUGCCCGCUCCCUUCUGAGCACUCUGCAAGCGAUCUGGCAGAGCAUGGUGCCUCAAAUCCUUAUGGGGGCAGAGACGGAGGAGGAUGCGCAGGUGCUUAUCCAAGAGAUGACGACCACGGGAGACCGGCUGCGGACUUUCGAUCAGCUCUUCAGGGUGCCAUCUCCGAGGGGUAACCCCCAGCUGCCUGUGGCAUCUGGUCAGCGGGGAUUUUUCAGCAAGCUCUGGAGCGAGAUCUUGAAGGAUUACUCCACGGCCGAUGUAGAAAUUCUUGCAGUAACUGAUGACGGGCUGAGUCUGAGACCAGAUUUCAAGUCGCAUUGCCACUCCUUCGUCCUCUGCAAGGCUUCACCCGUCUUUGCGUCGCUGCUUCAGGGAGAUCCCUCGAGCCCCAAGCGCCUUGAGUUGGCCGCCACGGGCGCAGCGAUCAAGGCCUUCCUGCACUUGAUCUACACAGGCAGCUUCGAGGGCUCGACUUGGCCGGAGGUGCCCUUGCUCGUCUCCGUGGCGCGCUUGGCCGCGGAGUCGCAGACCUGGUUCGUUCUCCCGGCCCUGGUGCAGCAUAUGCGCUGCAACCUCUCGGAGUUUACCUUCUGCCCCAUCUGCAAGUUUGCCAUAGACUUCCGGCAGGACAGCUUGCUGAGUGCCUGCCGGCACUUUGUCAGAACCUACGAGUCCAGGGUCCCUCAGAGCGAGUGGGUAUCCUGGUCAUCCUACUUGUCGGACCAUGCGACGCAAGAUGUGCAACAGUUGGUCUACCAGGCCUUGCAGCUUGGUGGCCACCGCGAAAGUCGCCCUCCCGGCGACGGGACAGCCGCAGCAGGAGUCGUCGUCGAUGAAGCCAGCUCCUUGGACCCGGAUGAAUCAGACCGGCUGUCCGGUUUCGAUUAUGCAAAAUGGGACCGUUUAGAAAUCAGUGACGAUGAGGCUGGCAUCUGUUUGGCGGCAGCUGGAGUCUUCGUGCCUGCACCUGGCCAGACUACGUUCCACCCCAAUCUGGACAAGGGCCUGAACAUUCGCGUGAACCGCAUCACGCGCGAAAGGAAGGAAGAUGAGAUCGAUGAGGAUGCUCCGUCGCAAGUGGGAUCUAUU